AAAAGCAUAAACAAUAGACAAGCCAACUGUCAGCUGUACGGGUAUGACAUAAUAAUACAUAAUAAGACAAGUGAAUAAUAGAGAGCGUGGCGCUCAACGCACAGCUGAGCGCACACUAGACUCCAACGCUCGAAGAUGUUGCGAUUGCUCACCAAAAAACUACCAACAAAGCAACUGGCAUUUUCCCAAACAACCAACAAAGGCAACAACAACAACAUAUAGUUGCAUAAAGUUUGGGGCAGCGCGUGAGCGCCGGUGAGAGAGCAUUGAACGCUUAACACGCACAUUGCACUGAGAUUGGAGACUCUUUGGGGUUCAGCUGAUUGCCAAGAUUUCUUUAAGCUUUUAAAGUGGUUAGACGGCACGCAUACAUAUAUGUACAAGUGCUCGCCGAGACAGUGAGGCAGCAAGCGACCAAAGCCAUAACGACGACCACGACGACAGCGUUAAACGACGAAGAGUUGCGUGAAAAACGGCUAGCAAAUUUUAAGGUAACACACGGUGGCCACAGCCAGUGUGUGGUGAAAAUCGGACGCGAGCGGCAGGCAAUGUCAUGACAAGAAGAGCGACCGUCAGUGAAAAUGAAAAUGCAAAAAUUCGGUGAAAAAUCAAAGUGAAACAAAAAAAAUUAUAAUAAAUAAGAAAAAAUUAGUGAAGAAGCAGCCACAAAGCAGAAAAAUAAAAUUAAAUGUGUUGAAUAAUUGAGGAAAAUAAUAAUUUGCCGAAAACAAAAGAAAAUAAUUUUAAUAAUACUACGCGCGUGUGAGCUACAACAAAAAUUAGCAAAAAAUUGUCUCUAACAAAGUUGUGUAUCAGCAUGUAUGAGCUGCAUAUGUGCAUAACCUAGAAAUCUCAAGAGUAUUUAGCAUAAAAGAAAAUAUAUAUUAUAAUCAAAUUUUUAGCCUACAAAUUUAUUCAAAAAUAGUAUAUAAUAUAUUAAAUACAUACAAGUAUAUAAGUGAGUGUGUGUUUGGUGCAGAAAAAAAGCAAAAGCAAUAGCCGCAAAGCAUUACAAUAAAUUAAUCGAUAACGCUAUGUCAAUGGAAAGCAAUACCCCGGUGGAUCCCAGAGUGCAGGUUGAACUGGAGAAACUAAACACAGCAACAGACAAUAUCAACAAAUAUGAAGUGGAACUCGAUGAGGCAAAAUGUGAUUUCAAGCGUAUCUUGGCGGAGAGCGAUGUGCGCAUCAAGCAGGCCGCACACAAAUUGGGCAACUCAAUUGAGGCGGCGAAACCCUACUACGAGUCGCGUAUCUAUGCAGCGCAAUUGGCAAAGGAGACACAACAAGCGGCAGUCAAUUACGAGAAGGCCAAAUCGAUACAUUCCGCUGCCAAGGAAAUGGUCUAUUUGGCCGAGCAGGGGCUGGGUGAGAAGGCGACGUUGGAUACGGCCUGCCAAGAAAUGCUCAGUCAUGCUACCACUAAAGUGAAUCAAUCACAGGUGGAGGUGACGGAUGCUAGAAAUACUUUGAAAAUGUGUCAACUCAAAUUGGAAGUGGCCAAUAAUCGUGUGGGCAAAUUGCAGGGUCAACUAAAGCAGGCAAUACGCGCGUCGAGUUUAAGCCAUAGACGAGACUUACUUGAAAUGAACUCUUUGGUUUUUCGACUCCGUUGUAAUUGUUUACCCUUCUACGAGGCGCGCGCCAACUAUAACGGACUGCUGAAAGCGCAAAAACAAAAAAUCAAUGAACUGGAAAGUAGAGUGACCGGAGCGAAAAUGACUUACAAUGAGGCGUUGAAGAACCUUGAACAGAUCUCUGAAGAUAUACACCGUCAACGGCAGGAGCAACGUGACCUGCUUAACGACACACUCUUGCCACAGCUGUGCGCCGCAAAUAAUGCCGCAGCAACCGCGCCAAACUAUCAACACUUUCCGUGCAAAGUGGACGCCGCCGAGGAAUAUCUGCAAUUGCCCGCCAAGCUCAGCACACAGUCCAGUCCAGUGCAUCAGCGGCGCUACGACGAGCACGAAUGUCCACACUUGCUGCAGGACUUUCCCACGUUGAAUCUGAGGGAGAAACUCACCACAAGUAGUGGUGGCAUGCACAAGUCGGCCAGCACCAGCGCCACCGGUGACAGCCUCUUCGGCCACACACCACUGCACGGCCCCUACGAAGUGAAGUCAAGUGGCAACAGCAGCAGCGGCGGUGGUGGCGCCGGUAGCGGCAGCGCGCAUGAUGCUAGCUCGAGCACCGGCGCCGACGUCGACGACAAUGACGAUAUCGAGCAAUGGACUGAGAUACGCCUGUCGCACUCGGAGAGCACAAGUUCCAGUUACUCCAACCAAUCGCUGCUGCACGAUCAGCCAGGCGGUGCUGAAGAUGCGCAAUCGCAUCACUCGUCAUCCUCCUCAUCGGACGAGCCGAAACGCAAAGUCACCUGCACGACGAUCUUUCACGAUGAACAGCUGAACAAGAAGCAGAGCUUAAGCCAAUGGCUGUCGCGUUCGAACAGUUUGAAGAUGUCCGGCCGGCGACAGAGUCUCGAUUUGCUCAUCGAUGCGGGCGAUAAGGUGAAGGAUGUAUUUAGCUUCGGUUUCCAAAAGGUGGGGAAAUCGUUGGAGCGGCGCAACAGCGAAUCGGAGAUGAACGCCGAGAAUGCGGACGGCAAUGCAAGCGGUGCGACAGCGGCAACGGGCGCAGCGAGUGGCGGCAAGACCUCAUCGGCCGGUGAUUUCUUCCUCUUCUCCAGAUCGUCAGAGCCCAAAGAGCUGCUCUCCGAUGAGCAGGUCGAGAAUUUAUUGUUGAAUCCCAGCCUGGAUGAGAAUGGUGUGAUAAUUGUUGAGCAACUGAAAUCGCCGUUACAACAGCCAAAUCCAUAUGGCAUGGCUGCCACGCCGACCACUACAACAACCACAACCACUUUACUCUUCUAAGCGUUUAAUAUUAGCAUAAUAAAUAAUGUUUACUAAAAGGAAAAGAAAAAAACAUCUAAAAAUAGUAGCAACUUUGUCUUACUAUAAAUUCAUACAAAUAGUUUAAGCAGCAUUCAAUUCGUAAUGGGAACAUGAGGACAUGAGACAACAUAUCAUUUAUGGGAUUUCGUAGCUUGGAAAAUUUGACGCGUUUAUUGCAUACCACAUACUAUAUAUAGUUAAAGCAGAAAUUGUAUGAGUUGAAUACAAUAAUUUAAUUUUUUUUAAUCACACGGUUGCAUUUACAGUACAAUAUUAUUAUAUAAUUCAUGAAAUUGCGUACUUUAUAGUGUUAAGUAUUUAUUUCAAAAAUAUUUUUAAUGACAUUGCUAAUGAAAAGUGUAGUGUAAUGCAUUUUUAGUUUAAUAAUAUUGCUGAUUGUACAAUAGUUUCAAUUAAAUUGUUUAAUUUGGCGCUUAAAAUUAUUUAGUGAAAUAUAAAAAAUUUUAAAUUUCAAAUAUUUAAGACUAGUAAUUGGCAUACAAUUGAAAUUACUGCGAUUACAACAACUAAAUAUGCUUAAUUUUAAUUUACAUUGAAAAAAUAUUAUUAUUAUUUAAUUAAUUACAUUAAUUCAUAACUGAAUUUAACAAUAUAUUACAUUGUAUCAACUAAACUAUAUCCAUAAGUGUGAACGCAUACUUAUGCCGCAAAAACAGAUUAAGCAUCACUAAACACAGCUCUAUUUUUAUGCGUGCAAAAUUGAUUACAUCAUUUAAAUUUAAAUAAAAAAAUAAAUUGCUUAAUUUAAAAUAUAAAAAAAAUAAACUAUUUACUACAAUAAGUAACCAACAAUACAAUAUAAUUUACUACAAAAAUAUUAUUUAAUUACUAUAUAUGUACUCCUCAAUUGUGUGUACAACGCAUGUGGUUGUUUUACUAGUCAUUUAUAAAUUAUAUACACAAAAGCGUUAAGAGCGUUAUUGAUAAAGAGAAUUUAAAUAUUAAAUAAAAUAUUUAGCAGUGAAUAUUUAAGCAAAAUAUAUAAUUAUGCAUACAUACAUAUGUAUAAAUUUUUAAAUCUUAAAAAAAUAAAAAAUAUUAAAAUUAUAAAAAGAAAAUGUUUACAAACAAUAAAUACAGUUUACAUAUAUAUGUAUAUAAGUAUAUGUAUGUCCUACUGAUAAAGAAACUGUUGAACUAUGUAUGUAGUGUAAUGCCUAAAAUGAAUAAAUAUUACAACAAAUUGUGACUUUAUGAUAUUAACAUUACAUAUUGCAUAAAUUUAAUACAACAUUUAAAUGUACUAAAGCAUAAAAUAAUGCAUAAACUAGCAGUUUGUUAGCGGCAAAUAGCGUUGAAUUCGUAACUUAAAAUGCAGAGCAGUGGAAAUAUACAAAAAAAAAAAAAAAAACAAA